UCGAAAUAUGGUGGGGGUAAACUAGGGGCAUUGAACAAAGGUUGACUGCGUUGGUCGAGGAUUCGGCGGCGCAUUCACGACUUAAACAUGGCAGCGGCUACCAGCGUUGUCGUACUCGACAGAGGCAACAAUACCACCUGCACGAUCAAUUUACACGGAGCUACUGUGGUAUCCUGGAGAGUAAAUAAUCAAGAACAACUGUUUGUCAGUAAGCAAGCGGUAUUCGAUGGGAAGAAAGCCAUUAGAGGAGGCAUUCCAUUCGUUUUUCCACAAUUUGGAGCAUGGACGUUUGGACCGCCUCAUGGUUUUGCUAGAAUCGUCCGUUGGAACGUAGAAAAGCCGCCUGAACGUUUGCCGAGCGGUGACGUCGAAGCAAUUUUCUCUAUUAUGGACAGCGAAUUCACCCGAUCAAUGUGGAAUUACCCAUUCAAAUUGACAUACAGACUGAUACUUCGGGAAAAGGAACUACAUUUUAACAUUGGCGUAUACAAUCCUAGUAAAGAUCAUACGUUUAGUUUUAAUUUAUUGCUGCAUACUUACUUUAAAGUGCCAGAUGUUAGGAGAUGUCAAAUUACCGGCCUUCAUGGAUGCACGUUUAUCGACAAGACAAGAGACAACCAAAUUUUUCAAGAAGGUCGCGACGUAGUGACCGUGUGCGAAUGGACAGACAGAAUUUAUCAGAACACGCAGCCAGAACACAUCAUUACUAACGUCGUAUCCGGUAGGAAAAUGCGAGUACAAAAGUACAAUUUUCCUGAUACAGUGGUUUGGAAUCCGUGGCAGGAAAAGGCUCGUGACAUACCAGAUUUCGGCGAUGACGAGUUUCCCAACAUGAUAUGCGUGGAAAGCGGACACGUCAGCAGCCCUGUUAUAUUACUUCCUGGAACAGCUUUCGAAGCUAGUCAAAUCUUACAGCGUAGGUUGUCGACAAAUUACAAACAGAUUCCUGAAAAAUACAAAAUGAUUGAAAGAUAUUAAUCUUUAAAUGUCCGGAUUACACGUGAUUAUCACCAACGACGUUCACAACGAUUCACAAUAGCUCUACGUUCGUUGCAUUGCACAGGAGUAUUAUUUACAUCACAAGUAUCAUUUCGAGCAAGAUGUUACCUUAUUCUACGAAAUGACGAACCAUUUAUCCUAAACGAUAUUUAAUCGUACAAUAGAUUCUUUACAAGAGAAUUCUCUCAUUUUCUCAUCGCAUGUUAGAUAACAUCGCAUGCACGUUCUACGAUCUAGCACUUGUUCGAAAGAAAUUGAUUAGCAAUUGCCAAAUACACUUACUCUGUAUACUUGUACAACUCUUACUAUCUAUCUUGUACAACUCAUACUCGAAAAUGGACAUUAACACCAAUAUUUUUAUGAUACACCAAGAAAUCUAAUAUGCCACGAAACGACAGAAUACUAAUUUUGAUGAAUGACAACUUGUAAUUUAUUAUAAACAACAAGGAUAAAGAUUAUCGUAAAAUUGUAUAAUUAUUAAUAUCGACUGUAGCAGAUACUAUUUGCGGAUAUAAAGAAACGCGUUGAAUUUAACAAACAAAAACGACGACCUUCUUUUUCUUGAAAAUCCACUCUACAAUUAAAUGCUGUUAGAUUGUUUACGUAUUUUCAAGCUACAAGUGGUCCAUAUUAUCGCAGAAUCAGCAACAAAUACACCAAAAUUUUUCUUUCUGAAUAUUAAACUCUGAGUGUGUGUGUGUGUGUGUGUGUGUGCGCGCGCGCGCGCGCGUGUGUGUGUGUGCGUGUUUAUUUAUUUAUUUUAUCGUAAUAAUCGCCUCUUCUCGCAGUGCUAAUGAAAUUUCAAAACGUUCCAUAUGACAGAUAGGAUAACAUGUAAUACAAGCGAGUAUGAGGUGAUAGAAUGACCUAAAUAAAAAUAAAUAAGAAUUUU